AUUGCAAUGGUAGAUUACGGCGAACAUCGCGAACCGCGAUGUCGCGUUUCUGUCUGUAUGGCAUGUGGCGUGUUGCAGGUGUUAUGUCUUGAAGUCUUACAUGUUGUGUAUCUUUCCGAUAAUUAACGGGUUGCCUGCGUUUAUUGAUCCUGUGGUUGACUGUGUAAAGUAAGUGAAGAAUUAUGAAAUCAUGAAAGUGAUUAGCGUGCGUGGAUUUUGUGAUUUUAACGUUGCGAAUGGAGAGAACAAGACUUUAGUGAAGGAUACAUGUCAGGCGUUGCUGGAUUUAGGAUACCGGGCAGUAGCAAUAAACAGCAUUUGCAGUGGAUCAGUCUUUGACUCAAAGAAGAAAAAGAAGAAAGGAGAACUACCAGAGAAAGGAGACAUGAUUCCUCCCCCUUCUAAUCAGGGUAUUAUCAGGGAAUUUGAAGGGAAGCUUGACAUAUUUGAACGGCUUACAGUGUCUUUAUCUUCUCAGCUGGAAGCACACAAAUUGAACCAGUCUGCCAAUGCAAAGAUGUACAACAUUUUGGCAGUUAUUCCAACAAAUCAGGUUGCAUUUCAGUAUGCCUGCUCAGCAAUGGAUGUGGAUCUCAUAACUUUUGAUCCAGAUGAUACUGGGCUUGUCAGAUGUAACAGAAAGAUGUAUAACUUGGCUGUAGAUCGUGGUCUUAGCUUUGAGAUUAUGUAUACACCAGCUGUUAGAGAUUCUACAGCCAGGAAAAACAUUAUUCAACUGGCUCACUUGUAUCAUGGUUUUGGAAAAUCAAAGAAUAUAGUCAUCUCCAGUGGAGCAGCAAGUCCAUUCCAUGUUCGAGGACCGUAUGAUGUGAUAAAUUUAGGUCUUCUUUUUGGACUCAGUGAAGAACAAUCAAAGGGUGCCAUUACCACAGCUUGCAGAUUUUUAUUAAUAAAAGCUGCUGGUCGACGUCUUGGAAAGACAAUAGUAAUUGCAAAUAAAGACAUAAAUGAACAUAAUGAACUUGAUAAAGAUGAUACCUUAGAGAAUGAUGAAGUGGAUCAAGAAUUGGAACAACCAGUACAGAAGAAAUUUCGACAGGAUUCUUCAGAGAACAGUAUAGCUCCACGUAUUGAUACCUGAAGACUGUGCAGUGUGUUGCAACAGUUACUGAAUAAUUUUGGAAAUGACUGGUAUCUAUAUAUCAAUCCACAGGAGCGAACUGGCUAUUUCUAAUGUAUAUUUUGAACUUUUGUAUUGCAUUAUGUUUAUGCUUUUGAAAUGUACAAAUUCAGUCAUAUGUCUAAAAUACAUGUAAUUUGCCUGAAAUA